AGGUAAAAACAAAAAGGGAAACGGCCCGAGUUUUUAGCAGGAGCCGAGCUGACAACAGCAGAAAUGAAGGAAUGAAGAAAAAAGUGAUUGUAAUAUCUUCUUCUAACUAAAGCAUCCGAUUAUGAAGGCCAGAUCAGCCGCUAAAUCUCAACUCAUCAACACUCCUAUCAUCAAUCUCGAUAUCAAAAGGGAUGCUUAUGGUUUUGCUGUUAGACCUCAACACGUCCACAGAUACCGUGAAUAUGCUAAUAUCUACAAGGAAGAAGAGAUGGAAAGAUCAGAUAGGUGGAAAGACUUUCUGGAACGGCAAGCAGAGUGUGCUGAGUUGCCUGUAAAAGGGUUAUCCGUGGAGGAAAAUCGUCCGGCAUUGCAUGCUGAGGCAAAUGAAGUUGAGGCUGAUGCUAGCCUGGAAAAUGGUAUUGCAGGGGUUGUAUCAGAUAGCAAGAAGUCUAAAGCUGAUUGCUUGACCGAAAAUGUAGUAGAAAAUGAUGAAGUGCCACCAAUUAAGCUAGAUAAAAUUUGUGAAAACCUAACAUGGACUAAGAUCAGACCAUCCCUUGGCAUAAUAGAAGAUAUGAUGAGUAGUCGUGUGAAGAAGACCAUUAACAAAAUUACAAAAGAUGAGCAAACUAUAAGCCAUCUUUCGGUUGAAGAUUCCAGACCUGCCAAAGGAGGACGUGUAGAAGACUCUGGAGAUGAUUUUUAUGAUGUUGACAAAUCUGAAUCAUUUCACAAAGUACCUUUGAGUGAUAGCGUUAGUGCCCUUGAUAAUGAUAUUGGUGGUAAUGUACCUAAUUUUGAAUCUUUCAUUCCAUGGAAAGAAGAACUGGAGUGUCUUGUUCAAGGGGGAGUUCCAAUGGCUCUGAGGGGAGAGCUUUGGCAAGCUUUUGUGGGAGCGAGGACUCGUAGAGUGGAGAAAUAUUAUCAAAAUUUGCUAGAUCAGGACAAUGGUGGUAUAUCUGUUCAUCAAAAUUCAGAUAUAGACAACCCUCUGGGUUCUUUAGCAGAAGAGUUCAUCUGCAUACCUGAGAAAUGGAAAGUGCAAAUCGAGAAGGAUUUGCCUCGAACUUUCCCAGGCCAUCCUGCUCUGGAUGAGGACGGUAGAAAUGCUUUGAGGCGUCUACUUACAGCAUAUGCUCGGCAUAAUCCAUCUGUUGGUUACUGCCAGGCCAUGAAUUUUUUUGCAGGAUUAUUACUGCUUCUGAUGCCUGAGGAAAAUGCAUUCUGGACUUUGUUGGGCAUCCUUGAUGACUAUUUUGACGGUUAUUAUUCAGAGGAAAUGAUAGAAUCUCAGGUUGACCAGCAAGUUUUUGAGGAGCUGGUGCGAGAAAGAUUUCCAAAAUUAGUCAAUCAUCUAGAUUACCUUGAAGUGCCGGUAGCAUCGGUCACUGGACCAUGGUUUCUCUCAAUAUUUAUGAAUAUGAUGCCAUGGGAAAGUGUUCUUAGAGUUUGGGAUGUGCUUUUAUUUGAGGGAAAUCGUGUAAUGGUGUUUCGAACAGCACUUGCUUUGUUGGAGUUAUAUGGACCUGCAUUAGUUACAACCAAGGAUGCCGGAGAUGCAGUUACUCUGCUGCAAUCACUUGCUGGUUCGACAUUUGAUAGCAGUCAACUUGUCUUGACAGCUUGUAUGGGUUAUCCAAAUGUAAAUGAAUCCAGAUUACAGGAACUAAGAAAUAAGAAUCGACCAGCUGUAAGAGCUGCUGCAGAGGAAAGAUCAAGUAGGCUUAAAGCUUUGAGUGGUUCUGCCAAUUCAGAUAAAUUGGCUAUAAAUAGUAAUGAGGAUCCAGAGCAUGAUUCUGUUCCAGAUCUUCAAGAGCAGGUCGUGUGGCUGAAGGUUGAAUUAUGCAAGUCGCUGGAGGAGAAACGUUCUGCUGUACUAAGAGCCGAGGAGUUGGAAACAGCAUUAAUGGAGAUGGUGAAGCAGGAUAAUCGACGACAACUGAGUGCAAAGGUUGAACGAUUAGAGAGAGUUAUUGUUGAGCUUCGUGAGGCCCUAUUAAAUAAGCAUGAACAAGAAAACGCCAUGCUUCAGGUCCUGAUGAGAGUAGAGAAUGACCAAAGGGUAACAGAAGAUGCUCGUCUAUUUGCUGAGCAAGAUGCAGCUGCGCAAAGAUAUGCUGCUCAGAUGCUUCAGGAAAAAUACGAAGCAGCUACUGCUUCGUUAGCAGAGAUGGAGAAUAGGGUUGUUAUGGCUGAAUCAAUGUUAGAAGCUACCUUGCAGUAUCAGUCCAAACAACACAAGCCACGACCUACCCAACGAUCCAUUCAACAAGAUUCAUCUGCAGUUCAAAACAUUCAAGCUCCUCUACAAGAUUCCCCGGAAAGGAAACUUGGUCUAUUAUCUAGACCAUUUGGAAGUGGCUGGCGUGAUAGGCAUAAGCAACAGGGCAAGAGCACCAAUAAUAGUGAUGGACCAAAUGAACAAAAAGAACACAUGACUACCCCAGAGGGAGAGAGUCUAAGUACACAGACAAGGGACAUACAAGCCGCCUCCGCCCCCCAGGUUCAGGAGGCAAAAUAAGGAAUCAACUACAAGUUCCCUCUGCAAUUCACUGGAGAGAUGUUCUUCAUAUUAAUAUUCGUUUUCCCAAUCUUCAAGGAAUUAGUUUUGAUUUUAGUUUGUUUAUCCUUUUCCUAUAUAGUUCACCAAGGAAACUCUCAAGUCAAUUUCACAACACAUAGUUUUAUUUUUUCUAGUCAAUCUAUAUAAUAUAGGUUAGUGUAAAACAAAAUUUUGCAAAGAACGUUUGCUUAAUUUUACAAAAUUGUAUAAUUAAUAUCUAAACAAUUAAAUAGUUUCAACUCCCUUUUUGGGAAAGUUCUGUCA